AUGAUCUAUGAAAGUGAAUAUUCACAAACUAAACCACACAAUGGCAAGAAAAUAACACAACUAGUGCUAUCACAAAAUGGCAAGUACGCAGCGACAUGGAGCAAAGAUGAUCAAUCAAUUUGUGGAUGGCAACUUAAAGAUCAACCUAUAGAGCAACCAGAACAAUCUGCAGAGCAAUCAGAAAAUAAAUCAUUUCAACCUAAACCUUUUGAGUUUGACUGUUCAAUAAAAUUUCUUUAUGAAUACUCAUUAAAUACAGUUUCAAAUAAUAAAGUUGUCGCAAUAAUAUUAGGAUCGUAUCCUGAGUUUAUUGAACUUGCUACCAAGAAGGCGAUAAACUUAGAAUUAGAUCCAUAUUCAAAGAAUCGGGCAAUUAUUGGAUAUAAAUUUUAUGAAAAUGGAGAUCUUGUAAUGCAUAUACAUACAUAUUAUGACCAUUAUCUUAAGAAUCUUGACGACAACCUUAUUCUUAAAUUUUCAUAUAAAAAUUUACAUAAGCAAAGCUGGACGGCUAAUAAAUUAAUUUCCUGUGGAAAAGAUGUAAUGCGUUGUUAUAUAAAUGACAAGGAAAAGAAAAUGCUUCUUGAUAAAUGUGGGUCGUUAGCACAAUGGAAUUUAAAUACAUUAUUGUUUGAAAACCAAUAUCAGUUGGAUACAAACCAUCUCUAUGGCGAUAAAGGAUGGCAUUGUAUUUUUAAUAAAAAUUCUACAUUACUUGCGGUAUAUUUAGAAGAAUUUAUUUAUGUCUAUUUGACAGAUACUUCGAUGCUUUUGUCACAAUGCCAAGUUAAAGAAUGUUUAUUGAAGUUAGAAUUCAUUUCGCCCGAUGAAGGAGAGAGAUUACUUUUACUUUGUGAUGAUAAUAAUCUUAAAAUAAAGGACCCUUACGACCUUCAACACGUUAUUAACGAUAAAACUAAUUCAGGUCUAUGUGAUGAACUUUUAUAUGAAAGAGCUUCAACAAAGUUAGAUGUGCAAAAAAUAGAAUUUAAGACGUUGAUAGAUGAAAAAAUAUAUUACGUAUCAGAUGGACUUUUAUUGCAUGAUGAAUCAGUUUAUAGAUCAUAUGUUGGAUCAUUAGUGAAGUGGGAAGUAAGCAAAGAAAAAGAAACAAAAUUUGAUUAUGAACUUCCAAUAAAUAGUGUAAAAUUAAAUGAACAGUUUGACUAUGAACAUCCAAAAGAUAUCAAAUUUAAAAUUUAUAGUUGUAAUUUAUUGCAUAAUGAAGAUUUAGCAAUAAUUACAUCUUUUGGAUUAUUAAUAUGGUCAAUUUGGCAGAAGUAUGAAAAAAUUAGAUUACGAUAUAUAAUUCGCUGGGAUGAUAAAACAAAAGAAUUAAUAUUAGACAAAUUACGAAAAUAUGAAAAAAAUCUAAUGCCUACACCAGAUUUUAAUUUUAUCAUGGUUAAUAGUGAAAAAGCAUAUGCAAAAGAAAGAUAUUUUUUUAAAGAAUUACUAAAUGACUAUAUUGAAGAUAAUAUAUUAGUAAAAUUAUAUGGACAGGAACUUUAA